AUGGGUGGAGGCUCAGGCCUUCAACAAGAUCAAUACCCAGGUUGUAAAAAUUUCUUGGAAGAGAAAAUCUUCACAAGAUUUGGAAUUCCAGACAAUAUAACCUUUGGUCAAGCCAUAGUAUUCAGGAACCCUGACAAACUGGAUUAUCUUAACCAGUUUAGGAUUAUUAAGUAUCAUUCAACACCUUACUAUGCUCAAGCAAAUGGUCAAGCUGAGGCUACCAAUAAGAUCAUAGUAAAAGGGAUCUCAAAGCUAAUAGAUAAUAAUCCAAGAAAAUGGGAUGAGUUGUUUCUAUAUGCCCUAUGGGCCUACAUGACCUCUAAAAGGGAAGCAACAUGGGUUACUCCUUUUACCUUAGUUUAUGGACACACUCCAAUAAUCCCUGUUGAAGUGAAUGUAAGGUCAUCUACGGUAGCCCAACAAAUGGGAUUAUCAGGAGAUGACUAUUCAAAAGCAAUAAAUAUUGAAAUUAUGAAAGCUCUAGAAGCUAAGGAAGAAGCUUUAACCAAAAUUAGAAUCCAAAAAGAAAAUGUUGCUAGGGCCUAUAACAAAAAGGUAGUGCCUAAAGAAUUCAAGGAGAGUGAUAAGGUUUGGAAAAUGUUUCUGCCAGAAGCAGCUUACAAACAUCCUCAGUUAGGGAAAUGGUCACCUAAGGGGCAAGGUCCCUUUAUUAUUCAUAAGAAAAUUUAUGGAAAUGCAUACCUAUUAAAAGAUAAAAAUGGCAAAAUGAAUGAUAAAGCCUUGAAUGGCAAAUUUCUAAAGAAAUAUCAUCUAUUUAUAUGGGAACAACAUGAUCCUGUGUUUCAACAUAAACAUGCAGAAUUGUUUCAAACAACUAAGGAUUAUUAA